UCAUGAUUCAGACAGGAGACCCCACGGGAACAGGCAUGGGAGGAGAGAGCAUCUGGGGAGGAGAGUUUGAGGACGAGUUUCACGCCACGCUGAGACACGACCGCCCGUACACGCUCAGUAUGGCGAACGGAGGCCCCGGCACCAACGGCUCACAGUUUUUCAUCACUGUUGUUCCAACCCCUUGGCUCGACAACAAGCACACUGUGUUUGGAAGGUGUACGAAGGGCAUGGAGGCCGUCCAGAGGAUCUCCAAUGUCAAAGUCAACCCCAAGACGGACAAACCGUACGAAGACAUCAGCAUCAUCAACAUCACCAUAAAGUGACCGGAUGUCUCCGUCAGCUCCUGUACAGUCCUGUUUUUUUACCAGUUAUUAAAGAACGCUUCGAGUCAAACUGCACCGAGAGUUAUUUGGCAAAAGAAGAAGAAACCAGGCCGACAAAUCAGGUCAAUUAGUUUAUUUUACAGCAACACAUUAUGAAUAAUUUACAAAAGCCGUCAUCAAGUCCACUGGUAACAAAGGUUCGGAUGCGCGUUGUGCUUCUAUGUUUCAAAAACAAAUGGAAAUGUUUUCACAGACUGUGGAAAGGCUUUUGAACACGUGCAGGUUUUUUAUUUGUAUUUUUAUACAUAGAUACAUGUAGUAAACAUUACAUAGCAAUGAAUAAAGAUGAACUCAAAGUCAAACGAUGGAUCCUCAAUAACGAGACGAGUGUCAGUGUUAGGUUUCACUAAGUUUCACAUUAACUGAAGGCUGCUGAUUAAAGGUACCGUCCCGUAAGCACUCCAGACACAAACAGGACUCGUCAGAUGUUUAAAUAUUUUCUCAGUGAGAUUAAUACUCAAAGAGUCCACUAAGAAACAGCAGAAAGUUUAUUUUGCUCCCAAUGAAAACUGGUAGUGAGGCAGAAAAACAAGUGCAUUCAACAAAUUCUGCGUGCAAAACGGAGGCAGAAUCGGUGCGUUAAAAACUUCUCACAACAGCCUCGUAUCAAAGUAACACCCCCCGCUCAUAAAUAAGUUCAGUAAACAGUUUGUUCUGUAACAGAAAACAUCCAAACUGGUGCGCCAUCUCAAGACCAGCUGUGGCGUUAAAUAGGUUCAUAGACACUUAAAAAAAACAACAAAAAAUAUAACUUAAAGACCCCAUGAAACAUCCACUGCUAUUGCUUACAUUAGAUAUGAAGGCAAAGUGAGAGGAGAGCCGAAAUCUGAAGUCUGAGGGGUUUGUUAGUGAGCGUCUGUGUCCCCACUCACCUGCAGAUAUACUGAAUGUUGCUAAAAAGUCGUCAGGAUUAUACGAUGUCGUCCGAGUAUACUGAAUCAACAGAAGGUACGAAAAUCACUACAACACAGACUACCCUGCAUUUACCUACUGUCACAUAUGGAGGCGGCUCUGAUGAGAGAAAAUACAGAUGAAUUCACUCUGUCGGGGCACACGGAGCAUUUUUAACAUGAAACUGGACCCAAAUCAGCGAGCUAUAGAUGCAGGAUAAACAGAUUGUCUCUGGGGGAAAAAAAAAGGUUAGAAUAGUAGAAAUGAAGCGUUGGGUUAGACUGAAAGCUGCCUUAGAAAAGAAGCAGUGGGGAGUUUGUA